CACAGCUCACGCCUUCCUGUUAGUCGGAGCUGGGAGAAGUUCACUCCGAUCAGCUGAUCCCAACUGACAACAGGAAAGGAGGAAGCCUAGGAGGCGAUGAAGGAGGACGUGGAGAUGGAGAUGAGGAUGGAUUCAUCGGUGCCCUGAGGGUCAGCUCUUGCUCCCACAGGGGUCUCGCGAAACCCCAAUGCCGCCUUGAGACGGCCGCGCUGCUCCGUGGUGUCCCCUGAAUUACUGACUUCAGGUUGAAUUAUUCUGAAAAACUCCUGACCACUUUAUGUCAUUACCAGAAUAUUGUGGCUGAGGCCCUACAAGUGCGCCCACCUCUGUAACACAUCACACCUUUCUCAGAUAGCCAUCAAAGACCCUUUUGAAUUCAUUUUGCCUAUCUUUGCUUGCACUUUACUGGAGAUGAAACUGUCAAACCAAAUCAACAUUGCUUCUGAUACAAGAGUUUGAGAAGCAGAAAAUUAAAAAUCUAAAUAUUUGUGAAUGUGUAAAGAGUUGUAGUAGGACAGUUUUUCUCUUUUAAGGUGUUCAGAUUCCUGUGGAAGUUUUGUGUUGUCUUUCGACUCAAAGCCAUCGCCUUCAUCUUUUGGGAAAGCUCAGUGACUUUUACAUGGUGAGUGUGUUUCCUUACCAGUCUUGAGUUAUGAGUGCCCAGACAUCGGUAACAGAGAAGGGCCUGAAUCCAGGGCUGAUGUGCCAGGAAAGUUAUUCCUGCAGUGGGACGGACGAGGCUGUGUUUGAGUGUGAUGAGUGCUGCAGUUUGCAGUGUUUCCGCUGUGAGGAGGAGCUUCAUCGGCAGGAACGCCUGCGAAACCACGAGCGCAUAAGACUCAAAGCUGGCCAUGUCCCUUACUGUGACAUCUGCAAGAGUCCCAAUGGGCAUUCUCCAGGAGUUAGGCAAAGGGCAUUUGUGAGGUGCCAGAGCUGCAAAAACAACCUGUGUUUGGAGUGUCAGAAGAGAACUCAUUCUGGGGGCAGCAAGAGGAGACACCCCGUUACUGUAUACAAUGUCAGUACGAUCCAGGACUCCCUGGAGGCAGAAGGGAUGGAUGAAGAGACCAAGAGGAAGAAAAUGACGGAGAAAGUUGUGAGUUUCCUCCUGGUAGAUGAAAAUGAAGAGAUUCAGGUAACAAAUGAAGAUGACUUUAUUAGGAAAUUGGACUGUAAACCUGAUCAGCAUCUGAAGGUGGUUUCCAUUUUUGGAAAUACUGGUGAUGGAAAGUCUCAUACCCUCAACCACACUUUCUUUUAUGGCCGUGAAGUCUUCAAAACCUCCCCUGCCCAGGAGUCCUGCACUGUGGGUGUGUGGGCAGCCUAUGACCCAGUCCACAGAGUAGCAGUGAUAGACACGGAAGGGCUCUUGGGGGCUACCGUGAAUCUAAGCCAGAGAACACGGCUGCUACUUAAGGUCCUGGCCAUUUCAGACAUCAUCAUCUAUCGAACUCAUGCAGAUCGCCUGCAUAAUGACCUCUUCAAGUUCCUUGGAGAUGCCUCGGAAGCUUAUCUGAAGCACUUCACCAAGGAGCUUAAGGCUACCACUGCCCGCUGCGGCCUGGAUGUCCCCUUAUCCACUCUGGGCCCUGCAGUUAUUAUUUUCCAUGAGACUGUGCACACUCAGCUGCUCGGCUCUGAUCACUCUUCCGACGUGCCGGAGAAGCUUAUCCAGGACCGGUUCAGGAAGCUGGGCCGCUUCCCUGAAGCCUUUAGUUCCAUUCACUACAAGGGAACGAGGACUUACAACCCCCCCACAGACUUCUCUGGGCUCCGGCGUGCUUUGGAGCAGCAGCUAGAGAACAAUACCACCCGUUCCCCCCGGCACCCGGGGGUCAUCUUCAAAGCCCUGAAGGCACUGAGUGACCGCUUCAGCGGUGAAAUCCCUGAUGACCAGAUGGCGCACAGCUCUUUUUUCCCAGAUGAGUACUUCACCUGCUCCUCUGUGUGCCUCAGCUGUGGGGCUGGAUGUAAAAACAGUAUGAACCAUGCAAAGGAAGGAGUGCCUCACGAAGCCAAGAGCCGCUGCAGUUACUCCCACCAGUACGACAACCGAGUUUAUACCUGCAAGGCCUGCUACGAGAGGGGCAAGGAAGUCAGCGUAGUGCCCAAAACAUCUGCUUCCACCGACUCUCCCUGGAUGGGUCUUGCAAAGUAUGCCUGGUCAGGGUAUGUGAUCGAAUGUCCUAACUGUGGCGUGGUCUAUCGGAGCCGGCAGUACUGGUUCGGGAACCAAGACCCUGUGGAUACGGUGGUGCGGACAGAGAUUGUGCAUGUGUGGCCUGGAACCGAUGGGUUUCUGAAGGACAACAACAAUGCUGCCCAGCGCCUGUUGGACGGGAUGAACUUCAUGGCUCAGUCAGUGUCCGAGCUUAGCCUUGGGCCCACCAAGGCUGUGACUUCCUGGCUGACAGACCAGAUCGCCCCAGCCUACUGGAGGCCCAACUCACAGAUCCUGAACUGCAACAAGUGUGCGACAUCCUUUAAAGACAAUGACACUAAGCAUCACUGCCGGGCCUGUGGGGAGGGCUUCUGUGACAGCUGUUCAUCUAAGACCCGGCCAGUGCCUGAGCGAGGCUGGGGACCUGCACCCGUGCGGGUGUGUGACAACUGCUAUGACACCAGGAAUGCCCAGUUAGAUAUUACUGAGGCACAGGCAGAUGAUGAAGGUGGAACACUCAUUGCUCGGAAGGUGGGCGAGGCUGUGCAGAACACGUUGGGAGCUGUGGUGACAGCCAUUGACAUACCACUAGGCCUGGUGAAGGAUGCGGCCAGGCCAGCAUACUGGGUGCCUGACCACGAGAUCCUGCACUGCCACAAUUGCCGCAAGGAGUUCAGCGUGAAGCUCUCUAAGCACCACUGCCGCGCCUGCGGCCAGGGCUUCUGUGAUGAGUGCUCCCAUGACCGCCGGGCUGUACCCUCUCGAGGCUGGGACCAUCCUGUCCGAGUCUGCUUCAACUGCAAUAAAAAACCCGGUGACCUUUAACCCUAGCUCCCUCCAUGAAUCCUCCGCAAUUCCUUAGGUUCUCAGGGUCAGAAACUGAAGUCUCAUUGAGAUAGGCUCUCCUCCCGGUCACCUGUGGUGUGUCCUUUUCUCCUCAUGUCCUAGUCCUAGAGCCACUUCCCCUAGGUGGGGGUGAGCCUCGCAGCAGGCCGAAGACACAAGCCCCUCAGGCUGGGGGUGGACUGAACAGCUCUGUGGCAAGGGGGGGAUGAACCUGAAUGCAUUGCAUUUAUUUUUGGUAAAAAUAUAAAAUGCGUAUCUCUGUAAUACAUAUAUGAAAGGAAUUUGGAGUGUAUCGAGGUUGCUACUGGUUGCCAAGACUCGCCCUGGUCUGUCCUCAGCACAGAGAAGGUGGCUGUGGCAGCAGGACAUCUCCACAAAAGGAAGCUAGAUGCCCUCAUGUUGCUAGUCCUACCUUUUGCUGCUUGAGUCUGGGCAGCCUCUUUUCCCCUAUAGGCCCUCCCUGCUGUUUCUUCUAGGGGAUUUCCGUUUGGGUCCUUGGGGGACUCAAUUCCAGCUCCUGGGUUAAUCUUUAGUCAGAGACCGUUCAGCUUAGCGUGCAGGGCCCUGGAGUGUGCUGGGGCAGGGUGUGUGUGGGUCUUCAGUCCUGAGAAGUGACAAUGCAAUGCUGCUUCGUUCCUCACGGGAAGUAUGGAAGGAACUGGGCCUUCCCAGCAGCGAUUCCUCGCUUGUUGACGUUUCUGUCUCCAUGAGGCCUUCCCAGAUACCUGCACCCUGCUUCUGAAGUAAAGCACUUGCACUCUCUGCCCUUCUUUCAGCCCAUAAUCUGCUUUUGGGUGUCAUACUAGGAUUUGUUUUGCUUACAGUGUCUUAACUUUUUGUUCUAAGACACACAACCUCUAGCUAUUGAAGUGGUGAUCAUGAGAAAUUCCAGGGGAACACAGCUCACAAUGGACUGUUACUUUUUUUCCUAGUAUAUAUAUUUCAAUAGAUCAUAAAAAUAUUCCUAUUUGGUUCUUGCAAGAGAAGUCAGAUGAAUGUUUCUCAUCAAAAGCUUGGAUAUCCUUAUUUGUCAUGACUGGAAAGACUUGUUCUGAAAUCCUAUCAUCAGGAUGUUUAUCUUCAAUGGCCAAAAAAGAAUUACAGAAGCAUAGUUCUCGACUGACCUGGUGGGCAGUGCUUUGGGGAGGUGUGUAGGUGACUAUGUCUGGUGUGAGUGUCCUUGUGAUGUGCACCCUGGGGUGGGUUAGUCCUUCUCAGACCUCCUUUCUGCCUCCUGGGGCCCAGCAACCGAGGCCCUGCUCUAGAACUGUGUAUUAUCAAAUUUGCCACCAUAAAGGAAUCUUCCUGCUGAA